AUGGUACAUCAACUACUUAUUAUAAAUGUGGAAGUAUCAUCGAAGCUGAUGCCUUUUUUUCAUAACAAAUCCUCAUCGAAUGGAACUUAUUAUGCAAGUUGUGGACUCGUGGAAACAUUUUUGAUUGACGCAGCUGUGUUGCGUAGUUUAUUAUCUGAUGAGAAAAUAUCUCGUUCGAUCUAUAAUGAACUAGCAGUACAUGUGAUUACAAAUAACUAUCAAAGUUUAGUACAUCUAACUCGUCCACAACUGAAAGCUUUCCUAAAUGAGAAAGCGAUAUUUUACAAAAAUCAAUCGAAUCUAACGAUUGAACUUCAACCAAAUCAACGACUACUUCUCUUAUCAGGAACAAUUUCUUGUUAUUCAAGCAAUGAUCAAUGA